AGUCUGUCUUCGCGCCGGCAGCAGCUCCGUCUGGGAGGUCAGAGACGCGAUGGCAGCGCCGAAGAAAGUCUGUGUGAUUGGCUCUGGUAACUGGGGCUCUGCCAUUGCCAAGAUUGUGGGCGCCAACGCAGCCAAGUAUGACAAGUUUGUCACCACAGUGAACAUGUGGGUGUUCGAGGAGGUGGUGAACGGCCGCAAACUCACAGAAAUCAUCAACACAGACCACGAAAAUGUGAAAUAUCUGCCCGGCCACAAGCUGCCCCCCAAUGUGUUGGCUGUUCCAGACUUGGUUGAGUCUGUGAAAGGAGCCGACAUCCUGAUCUUUGUGGUCCCUCACCAGUUCAUUUUGAGAGUGUGUGACACCAUCAAAGACCACAUCAAGAAGGAUGUUGUAGGAAUGUCCCUCAUCAAGGGUGUCGAUGCGGGUCCGGAGGGUCUGAAGCUGAUCUCCGAGGUCAUCCGAGGGAAACUGGGCAUCACCAUGACGGUCCUCAUGGGAGCAAACAUAGCCAACGAGGUCGCUGAGGAGAAGUUCUGUGAAACAACCAUUGGGUGCAAUGACAAAUCACACAGGUCCAUGCUGAAGGAGCUAAUGCAGACCACCAACUUCCGCGUGACCGUGGUGGAGGAGUCUGACGUUGUGGAAAUCUGCGGCGCUCUGAAGAACAUCGUCGCAGUAGGAGCCGGUUUCUGUGAUGGCCUGGGCUUCGGCGACAACACCAAGGCGGCGGUGAUUCGUCUCGGCCUGAUGGAGAUGAUUGCCUUCGCCAAGUUCUUCUGCACGGCCUGCGCCGUCUCCCCCGCCACCUUCCUGGAGAGCUGCGGCAUCGCCGACCUCAUCACGACCUGCUACGGAGGACGCAACCGCAAGAUCGGGGAAGCUUUCGCCAAAACAGGCAAAACCAUUGAGCAGUUAGAGAUCGAGCUGCUGCACGGUCAGAAGCUUCAAGGUCCAGCGACUGCGACCGAGGUCCACCAAAUCUUGAAACAGAAAAACAUGGUUGAAAAGUUUCCGCUUUUCACUGCUGUUUACCAGAUCUGCUUCAACAACCACCCGGUCACAGAGUUCAUCAACUGUUUGCAAAACCACCCAGAGCACAUUUAAAGGACUGACAUAAGGACUGUCGAAUGCAUGGAAGCUGGGAAAGGACUUUUACACUAGAACUACCGUACAACCGAGGAGUUAAUAGGGCGGACAGGUCAGGUGAAGAUUGUGCCUAAUAGCGACUACUCUCUUGUUUGAGUCUUAAACAGAGAAAAGAAAUGGAGAUGCCCUCCAUCUACCUGCGCUGCUGUGUUGACCUGCUUUACCGACAGGAGCGUAACUUCUGUCACCACCUCUGCUCUGAGUCUUAAAGGUUGUAGGAAUUUGAGUUACUCUGCCUUACACAAUACACAAACCCUGACCUGGGUAUUUUGAGAUGUUACAUCACUUCUUGGGUAAAAGUGCCUUGACUUGCCUUUUCACUGACAUGUAUGUUAAACAAAGCACUGAACACACAACAGUCACCACUCCCGCUCUGUUGAUUUUCUGCUGGACUUGUCCGGAUGUAACCGAUUACUCAACGAGAUCUUUCUGCCUUUAUUUCGGAAUAAAUUGUUGAACUAGUUUACUUUG